AAAUUGGAAAUGGAAGAGUCAAAUAACACUUCAAACAUAACGGGGAACUUCACUAACAAGUUCGUUCAGCCGCCGUGGCGUGUGGCGCUGUGGUCGGUCGCCUACAGUUCAGUGCUCGCCGUGGCGGUCUUCGGAAACCUCAUCGUAAUUUGGAUAAUUCUGGCCCACAAGCGAAUGCGAACUGUUACCAACUACUUUUUGUUAAAUUUGGCAUUUUCGGACGCUUCGAUGGCUGCCUUCAACACCCUCAUUAAUUUCAUCUACGCCGCGCAUGGCGAGUGGUACUUCGGAGAAUCGUACUGCAAGUUCCACAACUUUUUCCCGGUAACCGCGGUGUUUGCCAGCAUCUAUUCCAUGACUGCAAUAGCCGUUGACAGGUACAUGGCCAUCAUCCACCCCUUGAAGCCCAGGCUGUCGGCGACGGCCACCAAAGUGGUGAUAGUCUGCAUCUGGGCGCUGGCCGUCAUGCUGGCCUUCCCCGUCUGCUUUUACUCCACCAUCAAGAAGAUGCCCCGCCGGACCAUCUGCUACGUGGCCUGGCCACACCCCAAAGAGGACCACUUCAUGUACCACAUCAUCGUGACGGUGAUGGUGUACAUGCUUCCCCUGGCCGUGAUGGGCGUCACCUAUACCAUGGUGGGGAUCACUCUGUGGGGAGGGGAGAUCCCUGGGGACUCAUCAGACAAUUACCACGGGCAGCUCAAAGCCAAAAGGAAGGUGGUGAAGAUGAUGAUCGUCGUCGUGGUGACCUUCGCCAUCUGCUGGCUGCCCUACCACAUCUACUUCAUCGUCACGGGCCUCAACAAGCAGCUGAACAGGUGGAAGUACAUCCAGCAGGUGUACCUGUCCGUGCUGUGGCUGGCCAUGAGCUCCACCAUGUACAACCCCAUCAUCUACUGCUGCCUGAACAGCAGGUUUCGGGCGGGGUUCAAGCGCGCCCUCCGCUGGUGCCCCUUCAUCGAGGUGUCCAACUACGACGAGCUGGAGCUGCGUGCCACCCGUCUCCACCCCACCCGGCAGAGCAGCAUGUACACCCUGUCCCGCAUGGAGUCCACCGUGGUGGUGGUCAACGACCCCGCCGACAGGGACAAGCCCCAGAUUGUCCGCAAGAAGAGCGCCGCCCACCCCCACGCCAGCGCCAACGGCUGCUCCAACAACGGCACCAAGACAUCCCCGAAUGCCGGGCUCGACGGCGCCCCCGACGCCUCACUGGAUGAGUUCUCCUGAAGCACGCCCCAGCCACGCUCUCACAGAG